AGAGACCUCUUUCAGAAUUUGACAGAUCUCCUGGUACAACCGCAAGAGAAAGAAAGGAAAGAGGCCAACCUCUCAAUGGUAAAAGAGAACAGAAGUAGACGAACUUCCAGAUCCAUGCGAGCUUCACGUCAAACGAGAGAGCAAGAGCUAGAUAACUGGUGGGAAAAAAUGGACGAGGUGACACAGCAAUUUCCAAACUUCCAAAACCAGUUGCAGCGAAAAGAUAGUAAGGGCUCAAUAUUGGAGAGAAAGCUUCAGCAGUUACAGAAUGAAGUUUCUAUCUUACGGAGACAGUAAGUGGAACAAUGUCAAGAAGUAGAUGAGGUGCGUCGUCAAAAAGCAAGUGUUGAAACACAACUAAGGCAAAUGGAACAACAACAGCUCCGGGAAAGAGACCAAGUUGAAGCCCAAAACCAGCGAUUGAGAGAGAUGGAACGACAACUGGCGCAAAGAGGGGAGAGUUCCUUUGAUUGGAUUAUCAGCCGUAAUGAAGUUCAAGUGACUAAUAAGCGCCUUGGGUCUGGAGGUUGGGGAACGGUUUAUGAGGGCAGAUACUGUGGUUGUGAUGUUGCCGUGAAACAAAUCCACGAAGACUUUGCAUCAGCUCAUAGACUUAAAAUGUUUCAGCGUGAAAUUGACAUGGCUUCAAAAUGCCGUCAUCCAUGUUUGCUACAAUUUAUUGGAGCAACUAUUGACGAGGGAUUUCCUCUCCUGGUGACAGAGCUAAUGGAAACAAGUCUACGGCGACUUUUGGGGGAAAGACCUCUUUCCACUGGAGAAGUCUCCAUAAUUUCGCUGGAUGUGGCUCGGGCACUGAAUUAUCUUCACCAAAAACGACCUGUACCGAUGAUUCAUCGCGACAUCAGCAGUGCUAAUGUGUUGUUGUGGCGAAAGGCCGGACGAGAGACAGGCAUUCACGAGGCGCAAUGGAGAGGAAAGGUUUCCGAUUAUGGCACUGCCAAAUUUGUAGAACAAGUCAUGACUCAAAUUCCAGGAUGUUUGGCGUACAGUGCACCUGAGGCACGUACAACGACCCAAACAGCGAAGGUAUCAUUACUAGUGGUUUGUGGGCAAUGUACACUAUAUUUUGGCCAGAAAAGCAGAAUGAGUUAAACGAUCCAUUUAAUUAAUAAGCACCCGCUAUUUUUUGUCAGCAGUGACCAAAUUAUAGUGAACAGUAUGAGAGCAUGGAUAAUAUAAAAGCAGGGUUUUCUUAGGUAUACAAAAGAACGAGGGUUGAUCCAGUAGUUUAUGAUAACUGCAUUUUAUUUUUUGAAUUGUGUACUUUAAGCAUAUCCUGUUUUUUUUGUAGCAAGUCUAUCUGUUCAAAAGGAGAGAGAACACAUGUGGAUGAAACAGUGUUUUUCUGUUCUGCUUAUAGUCAAUGGUUCUAGAAAAUUAUCUUAUAUUAGGUAGCUCGCUAUACUCGACUUGAAGUGACUUUAAUCUUUACCUAGUCAUGUUGUUGAAUAAUUUCUAGAUUGAUGUCUACAGCUUUGGUAUUCUACUGUGUGAAAUGUGCAUUCGAGAAGAUCCAGAACCUGACAGGCGUGAUGAGCAAGUCGACAAGAUGUCAAACCAAGCGCUGCAAGAGUUCGUGCGCCAGUGUUUGCAAACGAACCCAGAUGAUAGACCAGAUAUGACAGAAAUCAUUCACAAACUUGAGCAGUUCCAGUGA